CAUGCUGAUUGUAUAAUGAAUCGUUAUAUAACACUGACCCAACUGGGUGAUGGAACGUAUGGAACCGUUGUGCUUGGCCAGCGUAAGGACACCGGCGAGAAGGUGGCCAUAAAACGCAUGAAGCGCAAAUAUUACUCCUGGGAGGAGGCUAUGAAUCUGCGUGAAGUGAAGUCUCUUAAGAAAUUAUCGCAUCCAAAUAUCGUAAAGCUGAAGGAAGUGAUUAGAGAAAACGAUACGUUAUAUUUUGUGUUUGAGUAUAUGAAGGAGAAUCUGUACCAAAUGAUCAAGGAUCGCGAUACGCAUUUACCUGAGCCGGAGCUCAAGAGUAUUCUGUUUCAGGUUUUAACUGGCUUGGCUUUCAUGCAUCGACAUGGGUUCUUUCAUCGCGAUCUGAAGCCUGAGAAUUUGUUGUGCUCCGGCCCGGAGCUGAUUAAAAUUGCGGACUUUGGACUGGCACGAGAGAUACGCUCCCGGCCGCCCUUCACGGACUAUGUGUCCACGCGCUGGUACCGGGCGCCGGAGGUGCUGCUGCACUCGACCAACUACGGCAGCUCCAUUGAUCUCUGGGCCAUGGGCUGUAUCAUGGCCGAGCUGUAUACGUUCCGGCCACUCUUCCCCGGCAGCAGCGAGGUGGAUCAGCUCUUCAAGAUUUGCUCUGUGCUGGGCACGCCCGGAAAGAGCGAUUGGCCCGAUGGCUAUCGACUGGCUGCCAUGAUACACUUUCGGUAUCCGGAUUGCAUCAAGGUGCCGCUGAGCAGCGUGGUCUCUCGCUGCAGCCAAAACGGCUUGGAUUUGCUGGAGGAUCUGCUGGCCUACGAUCCUGAGAAACGGCCAACGGCCCAACAGAGCCUCAAGUAUCCGUAUUUUCAUGCGCUUAAGCGCAUCUCGCCCGCGGCGGCUGCCAAGGCCAAUGUGCGGCUCAGCUCCAAGUAUGGUGCUGGGUCCGGACCCGUGCACCUUGUCCUACCUCCCACUGUGUCAAAUAAUGUGCUUCCGGUGCAGGAGAAACUGCAGGCCGUGACUGAGCUCAUACAUCAGAGCAACAUCAACAACAAUAACAACAACAAUAGCACCAAUAACAACAACAACAGCAACAGCAAUAGCGACAACAACAUCAAGAACAAUGGCAAAUCCCUGUACAAUGGCCAGGUCGGCAAGAAUGUGAGCAUACCCAUCAAAUACCAGCCCAAGAUAAGCUUCCUCUCCAACAACGAUCUCUCCACGGAUCCUUGCGCUCUCGGCAUGGACAUGGCCACACAGCCGACGGGCAAAGAGUCGAUCAAUGAUAUUUAUUUGAAUCGCAACAUCUCUCAGCUGUUUGGCUUGCCAGCGUCGACAGUGGCUCAUCAGCAGCCGCAGCAGCUGCCGCAGCACCAACAACAGCAACAGCAGCCACACCCACAGCCCCAGCUGCCUCCCAAUGUCUCCUUCAGCAAUACGUCGACGCGCAACGGCGGCGCCAUCUACGUGAAUGGCAGUCAACUGAGCUACGAGACGGCCAAUAAGAAUGCCAAAAACAACACCCGCAUGGCGCCUGGCAUCGGGGGCUACUACGUGCAGACGCGGCCCACGCUGCUGCAGCCCGAGGCCAAGGUGUACAACAUGUUCUCGAAGGUGAGCGCCGUGCCAGCGCCGCCGAAUCUUAUCGUGCGCCAGCACCAGCCGCCGCUGCCCUUCGAGCCGACGUCCCUCCUCAACGGAUCGGCCCUACGAUUGUCGGCGCGUUCUCAGGCAGCGCCAUCAGCGGAGCCAAGGAUAAAGGCUGAUGAUCUGGAUCUGAUCUUGGGCUCAAAACUGAAAACGUCAGCGAAACGACAACGCAACGCCAAGUCGAACAUCCUGCUGGAGGAUCUGUUCGGCCAUCUGUCCAUGGACUCGGACAGCGACAGCAAGUACCCGCACACGGUGCCGCCCACGCAGCAAGCGAAGAGUGGCCAAACGACGACCAGCUCCCAGAACGGACUCGACUUCUUCAGCGAGAACUUCAAGCGCGAUCGCGCCGCCAAGAGGCGCAGCCCCAACAGCCUGGAGGCGAACAAUGGCAGCCGCACAGAUUCGCUCUCCACGAAUCCAGCUCAAAAAAUUUUAAAAGAAAAGGGGGCUAGCUUUCCCUGGGACGAGACGAACAAAACGGAGGAUGAGAAAUUAACGGCUUGGAUGGUCGCCGAGAAUGGUUCGUUGCUGGAAAACAAGUUUUGAUAAGGAUGAACUGAUCGAGGCAUGAGAAUACGAGCACUCAUUUAUGUUGUCGUACCUGAAACCCUGAAACCUUCGCGUCAUAAAUACCCAAAGAAAAUCUAUUUCAGCGCGUCUCCUUCUAUGUUUUCAUCGAACUGAAUUCGUAUAGCAAUCAGAAGGACACUAAUCAUCAUGUAAAGUUAACGUAACCCCUAAACUAAAUUAGAUGUGUUUAUAAAAUCCAUUAAUUUUAAUGCUGUGAUAAUUAUAGAAAGAC